AUGGCUACCGAGUCUGCGCUAUAUUUCCGUCUUCUGCCGUUGAACGAAGCUGCCAAUCGCAUCGUGCUGCAUCCACGUAACACGAGUUUUCUCGAGGAGCUUGCGAGUGGGCCUUCUUUCCGAAUCACUCUGGGACACUCACCGAAAAAGCGUGGUACCUUGUUGUCAUUCGGCAAGGUGGAUUGCGAUAUUUAUCUCAUUGAGCAAUGUCUUCCGGACUAUCUUUGCCAUUUUCAGGUCCAUCCUAAGACCUGCGAGCUAAUCCUGCAGGAUGAUUCCUCUACCAGGAUGGUACGCCUCUCUUUUGGCAAAAAAACCAGCCAGAAGUAUAGUCUGCAAGGGCAUUCCAGACAACGGGUCAUAUCAAAGAACAUCAAGGCGAUACAGAUGCAUAUUUAUGACGCUUUCUUCGAGAUAUGCUUUCCAGGUCCAGGGCACGAGAUCGCACGCGACACCAUUGUCAGAUUUAUCGAGCGUAAUGGUCUCAAACCCUGGACUAGACCUGGUGGUCGACGAAGAUACGCGUUACAGGAACCACAAGAGCAAGCAAGAAUUGCCUACGAGAAAAGGGGGUGGCUAGGUGAGGGUUCCUAUGGGAACGUCUUACUUGUCGUAGACCUUCGGACCGGGGACCACUUGGCCUUGAAGGUAUUCGGGAGGUUGAAUGACGAGACAGAAGAAGAGCGAAAAUCACGAUUCAGGAAAGAGGCGGAGUUGUUAAAGGCCGCGGCGCAUAAAAACAUUGCAAGAUUCAUUGACGCACAAGAGAGGGAGAAUGGAACCGUAAUGGAGCUGUUUAUGGAUGUUUACCAAGGAAGCUUGCGAAAGCUGAUGAGCCAGUCACCAGCGCCCAGCGCCUACCUUGGAUCCCUGACAGAGCAAAUAUUGGACGCAUUGGUCUUUCUUGCCGAGAAGAAUAUCAUACACCGCGAUAUCAAGCCUGAGAAUAUCCUGCAUGACAAAGACACGAUGUUUUAUCUUGCCGAUUUCGGCAUCUCGAAGGAGCAGAACGAUAGCUUCUCACCAGUUGGAACUAGGGAAUACAUGGCGCCAGAAAUGUUCUGCGCACUGCCUCAAACCUCGAAAGCCGAUGUAUUCUCUAUGGGUCUGGUAAUGCUCGAGGUCCUUGGACUGUGGCCGGAAGGAGAAAGUAGAGUGCUCAUGCUGGGUGGGCACGAGAUUUGGCAUGAUAGCAUUCGCUUGGCCGCCUCUCAGCACAGACCGGAGAUCCUUCCUAUGCUUGCGAAGCAUUCUGAAGAACGAUUCACGGCCGCACGGUGUUUAACGUGGUUUUUCGGACCCAAGUCGGCCGGCAAUGCCGUCUUCCAGCCUAUGCAAAUGCACACAUUUACGGACUCCCCUACAGACAGAGGAGAUCCACCGUGCCCGCCUGGAGGAGAGAAACAGGGGUUCGGCCAAGUCGAUCCAGGAGGGUACCCAAAGAAUAACACGAAACUACAGCACGGAAUAAGCCAGCAGACUGAAUCAGGCAACUCUCAAUUCCAAGCGCCUGCUCGAGAGACCUCAGGCCAGCUAAUACCGGCCAAGGACAGGAAGCCACAAAUCCAUCACUCUGCAGAUCCAAGAAAGCAGGAUACACUUACAAGGCUGUCAAAGCCAACGCAGACAGCAGGUAAUGAUAGACCCGGAGCAGCGCAGCCUAAGAGAGUGGAGGACUCCCAGCCAUCACCCCAGAAACCUAGAACGCAUCGACCACAGCCCCUGGUGACAGAUACAGAGUUCCUCGAGCAAGCAGACCAAGGCCCGUCCGGUCCAGGUUUCAGACGAUCAGAGUGA